UUCAGCCUGAGAGGAACAGUACAGUGCAGCCAGACCCAAAUGGCACAACUGCUUUGGAGGCAGCGGACAUCGCCGUGGUCGUGGUGUAUUUUGUCUUCGUCCUGGGAGUGGGAAUAUGGUCAUCAUUCAGAGCCAACCGGGGAACAGUAGGUGGGUACUUCUUGGCAGGUAGAUCCAUGACAUGGUGGCCUAUUGGCGCUUCCCUGAUGUCCAGUAAUGUGGGCAGUGGCCUGUUCAUUGGAAUGGCUGGGUCAGGGGCAGCAGGAGGCCUGGCCGUCGGGGGCUUUGAGUGGAAUGCGUCCUGGGUCCUGGUGGCCCUGGGCUGGAUCUUUGUCCCGGUGUACAUCUCCUCUGGCGUGGUCACCUUGCCCGAAUACCUGCGGAAAAGGUUUGGCGGACAACGGAUCAGAAUCUACAUGAGCGUGCUCUCUCUCGUCCUCUACGUUCUCACCAAAAUAUCAACAGACAUUUUCUCUGGAGCGUUAUUUAUCCGCGUUUCCCUGGGCUGGGAUUUGUACCUCUCCACAGUUUUACUCAUCGCUGUGACCGCUGUCUAUACUAUAGCAGGUGGAUUGACAGCAGUCAUUUACACAGACGCAUUGCAGACGGUCAUCAUGGUAGUUGGAGCACUUGCUCUCAUGUUUAUAGCUUUCGAUAAAGUGGGCUGGUACGAGGGUCUGUUGGAUCAGUAUGAGAAGGCCGUGCCCUCUAUCACUGUGCCCAACACCACAUGCCACCUGCUGCGGCCGGACGCCUUCCACAUGUUCAGGGACCCGGUGACCGGAGACCUGCCCUGGCCCGGCCUGCUGUUUGGACUCACUGUGCUGGCCACCUGGGUGUGGUGCACUGACCAGGUUAUAGUUCAAAGAUCAUUGGCAGCCAAAAACAUGUCCCACGCAAAAGGCGGGUCGGUUUUGGGAGGCUACCUCAAGAUGCUGCCCAUGUUCUUCAUUGUGAUGCCUGGCAUGAUCAGCAGAGCACUCUUCCCAGAUGAAGUGGGUUGUGUGGACCCUGUUGAGUGCCAGCGCAUUUGUGAAUCCAGUGCGGGGUGUUCUAACAUCGCCUACCCUAAAUUAGUGGUGGAACUCAUGCCAGCAGGCUUGCGUGGUCUGAUGAUCGCGGUCAUGAUAGCUGCCCUCAUGUCGUCCCUCACGUCCAUCUUCAACAGCAGCAGCACGCUCUUCACCAUGGACAUCUGGCAGCGCGUGCGACGCCACGCCUCCGAGAGGGAGCUCAUGGUGGUGGGCAGGGUGUUCAUCCUGCUCAUGGUGGUGGUGAGCAUCCUGUGGAUCCCCAUCAUCCAGUCGGCCAACAGCGGCCAGCUCUUCGACUACAUCCAGGCCAUCACCAGCUACCUGGCGCCGCCCAUCACAACGCUCUUCAUCAUGGGCAUCUUCUGGAAGCGGGUCAAUGAGCAGGGUGCCUUCUGGGGCCUCCUGGUGGGCCUGGCUGUAGGGACAGUGAGAAUGGUGAUGGAGUUUGUGUACAGCACGCCCUCUUGUGGCCAGGAGGACACACGGCCGGCUGUGCUGAAGGAUGUUUACUACCUGUACUUCGCUCUCAUCCUACUAGGCAUUACAGCUCUGGUCAUCACAGUGAUCAGCCUCUGCACACCACCCAUCGAGGAUAAACACCUUGUGCGGCUGACAUGGUGGACGAGGCACAGCAAGGAGCCACGUGUGGACCUGGAGGACCCCUGGGCCACCACCCCAAACGAGGAGGCCAAGGAGAUGCCUGACUCCCAGGCUGCCUCUUCUGAGCUGGCUGCGUCCAGCUCGUGCUGGAGGAGAGUGGCCAUGUGGCUUUGUGGUUUGUCCGCGCAGGCUGAGCCCAAACUCACUGCGGAGGAAAAGCACGCCCUGGAGAUGAAGCUGACCGACAUCACGGAGGAGCCCUUGUGGCGAAACGUCUGCAAUAUCAACGCCAUCAUUCUCCUCACUGUCAAUGUCUUUCUGUGGGGCUUCUUUGCCUGACCCUGCAUGCUUUUGUCUAAAUAUAUUUAAGACAAAACCUAAUUUUGUACAAACAUAUUUUUUGUAAGUCGAGUUGUUCCUCAAAUGAGGGAAUAUGGAAGCUAUUUGAAUGUAAUUUGAGAGUAACUUGUAUUCAAAUUCCACAAUGAGGAAAGGUUUAAAGCAAAAUAAACGCACUCUCGAACCUCAGACAGACAGGACAGGAAACUCAGACAGGCUCAUUACCAGGGCUCAUGGCUUGAGUGUGUAAAUUCAUCUCUAUGAUUCUGGUAUUUGGCAGAUGCUUUUGUCUAAAAGUGACCGUAUGAACCCUACAUUAGCUAAAAACAAUAAAAACAAUAUCAAUAUCAAAUAUCAAAAUGA